AUGCGGCCAUCUGUGCUUAGGAAGAGCUUCACGACUCUGCGAGUUUCGGCCAUCCAAUGUCGAACCUUCGCCGCUGCUGCUGAGUCCUCUCCGAUAAAGGUUCAGCAUCAACCUGCUCCUCAUUCGGGUAAUAUCAGGAUUCUCCUCCUGGACAGACCAGAAGCUCGAAAUGCCCUCUCACGAAGGCUGAUCGCGGACUUGAGACGCCAUGUGGAUGAGAUAAAAGCAGAGGGUGGCAAGGGUGGGACUAGAGCUUUGAUUAUCGCUUCAAACACAGACAAAGCCUUUUGCGCCGGCGCGGAUUUGAGAGAAAGAAAGGGCAUGACACAGGAAGAGACUAGAGACUUCUUGAAGAACAUGAGAAACACAUUUACAGACCUGUCAAAUCUACCUAUACCCACCAUCACAGCCAUCUCGUCUGUCGCUUUGGGAGGCGGUUUAGAACUGGGUCUCUGUACGACAUUACGUGUCUUUGGAUCCAACGCCGUGGUGGGCCAACCUGAGACCAAGCUGGCCAUCAUUCCUGGAGCUGGAGGUACUUACAGAUUACCUGCACUCAUCGGAGUCAAUCGUGCAAGAGACAUGAUCAUUACAGGGCGAAGGGUUUCUGGACCCGAGGCAUAUUUCCUAGGUCUGUGUAACAGAUUGGUUGAGGUACUUCCUGAGGAAAUCAAAGAAGAAGGCAAAGCUAGAACAAAGGUUCUAGAUGCCAGUAUACAGUUGGCUCACGAUAUUUGUGAAGGCGGUCCUAUUGCCCUCACUCAGGCUAUGCGAGCUGUUAACGGGUGGCAACGGGGCGAGGCUGCUGAAAACGAGGCAUACGAGGUGAUUCUGAACACCGAAGAUCGUGUCGAAGCCUUGAAGGCUUUUGCUGAAAAGAGGAAACCUGCGUUCAAGGGUAGGUGA